UGAGUGCACUGUUGCCAUCAUCACUUUCAGGUUUGCAGCAUGGAACAACUCAACUCCACUGUGGUCACUUCUAACACCUCCUCCUUUCCUGCACAUCCACCUCCCGAAUUGUGGAACUCCCGAGGUCUGGUCCCUGCGGUAAUGCUGUCCCUCUGCUUCACGCUAGGAGUUCCUGGAAACAUUGCUGUGAUCAUCCUCAAACCAAACUGGCACCACCUGUCCAGUGUGAGCCAGAGUUUGAUGCUGAAUUUGGCCAUAUCAGACUUGCUCUGCCUGCUCACCCUGCCAGUGUGGAUAUACACUUUUCUGUUCAGCUGGACCCUCGGCCUGGUGGCCUGUAAGCUCCUAGCGUAUCUAGUGUACUGCAGCCUUUAUGGUAGCCUGCUGACUGUGACGGUGCUGAGUGUCCAGCGCUACCUACAGGUGGUGUACCUGCAGACGUACUUACAUCAGGUCAGAAAGAAGAGGCUGCUGGUUCUGCUCUGGCUGGUUGUGAUGAUCCUGUCCAUCCCUACUUUAGUGGUUUCGCUAGUGACCACGGAUCAGGACUGGACAGAAUGCCAAUCUCACUACUAUUCCCACAACCAGGAUGUAGCCAUGCUGCUGAUAGAGUCCCUGGUUGGAUUAGUUUCAUUUUCUGUCAUUGCAUUUUCAUAUAUCCACCUCCACAGAAAAGUGAACCAGGCAGCUUUCUUCAACAACCCACAGAUGACCCGGCUGGUUGCAAGAAUCAUCGUGACCUCCUUUGUCCUAUGGAUGCCACAUCAUAUCAUAAAUGUGCUUGGUGUGGCAGCUUUUUUGCUCAACAACAAGGGCCUGUUGAAGUUUUGUAUAAACAGCUGGAACAUCACUGGAGCACUGGUAUUUGUGAACAGCUGCCUGAAUCCACUCCUUUAUGCUUUUGCUUCUAGAAACCAGAACAAUCAUAAUGUUAAUGCAGAAGCUCACCGUUCCAGGAAGUCUAACCACUGA